UCAAAAACACAGGACGGCUCUGCCUGCUCCAGUGUUCUCUAGAAGCAACUUCAGCGUGUGGAGUAUACUGAAAAAGUGCAUUGGCCUGGAGCUGUCCAAGAUCACGAUGCCAAUCGCCUUCAACGAGCCACUGAGUUUCCUGCAGUGGAUCACGGAGUACAUGGAGCAUGUGUACCUCAUUCACAAAGCCUCAAGCCAGCCCCUUCCCCUGGAGAGGAUGCAGACCCUAGCAGCCUUUGCGGUCUCAGCUGUGGCUUCCCAGUGGGAGAGGACUGGCAAACCUUUCAAUCCGCUUUUGGGAGAGACAUAUGAAUUGAUCAGGGAAGACUUGGGAUUCAGAUUUAUAUCCGAACAGGUCAGUCACCACCCUCCUGUUAGUGCAUUUUAUUCAGAAAGCCUCAAUCAGGACUUCAUGUUCCAUGGCUCCAUCUACCCAAAGCUGAAGUUCUGGGGCAAGAGUGUGGAGGCUGAACCCCGGGGGACCAUCACGCUGGAGCUAAUCAAACAUAAUGAAGCCUACACCUGGACCAACCCCACCUGCUGUGUGCAUAACGUCAUCCUUGGGCAGCUGUGGAUUGAGCAGUAUGGGACAGUGGAGAUACUAAACCACAGAACUGGGGAUAAGUGUGUGCUUCACUUCAGGCCGUGUGGACUGUUUGGGAAGGAACUGCACAGAGUGGAAGGACACAUUCAAGACAAAAAAAAGAAGCAGCUCUUCAUGAUCUACGGCAAGUGGAUGGAAUGCUUGUGGGGCAUUGAUCCUGCUGCAUAUAAGUCCUUCAAGAAGCACGAGAAGAGAGGUGACCAUCCAAGGAAGGUCAUGUUGGAUGAUGGCCCUGAGAAAGCUGAAAAUGAUGUGGUAGACAAUGUGCCCAUGGCUCAGGAGACUGUGCAGGUCAUCCCGGGGAGCAAGCUGCUCUGGAGGAUCAACAAUCGGCCCCCCAACCCUGCCCAGAUGUACAACUUCACCAGUUUCACUGUGAGCCUCAACGAGCUGGAAUCAGGUAUGGAGAAGAUCCUGCAGCCCACAGACUGCCGCCUGCGCCCCGAUAUCCGCGGCAUGGAGAAUGGCAAGAUGGAUUUGGCCAGCCAGGAAAAGGAACGGCUGGAGGAGAAGCAGAGAGAGGCCCGCAAGGAGCGUGCCAAGGAGGAGGCAGAGUGGCGGACCAGGUGGUUCUAUCCAGGCAACAACCCCUACACUGGCACCCCUGACUGGUUGUAUGCAGGGGACUUCUUUGAGCGUAAUUUCUCAGACUGCCCAGACAUCUACUGAGAGCCUAGGAGCCCAGCUCGGAGGCCUGUGAGUGGACUCCCAGAGCGGCACUCUGAGCUUCCCCAUAGCAGACACCAGCUUCUCCAGCCAUGAUGGCAGAGGUGGAGGACUUCAUGCAGUCAGCCUCGGAUUGCCCAGCACCUCACCUGCCGCAGCCCCUU